UCCUUUUCGUUCGUCCUCAGUGUAGGAUAACGAAGCUGUCUUCUCUCUACCGUCUCCUACAACCAGGAUUUUAGUCAGAGUCUAACUUUAGAUCGGCUCCGCUGCUGUUAUCCUGACCACUACGCGACCGUUGAACAGGACUACGCCAUUAAUUGGAAAGUUUUCAGGAGACCUCUGGACAAUCAUCACCACUGCUGACAUGGAUGUGAUCGUGCGUCGCUGUCCAUUCCUGGCUCGUGUGCCUCAGGCCUUCUUCCAGCAGCCCAAAAAGUCUAUGGUGGUGUACGCCCAGCGUUGCCCCAUCAUGAUGGAGCUGGCCGCUAAACCUAUGGCUCCAUCAAUGGCUCGGGCCCUCUUCUCCUCCUCCUCCUCUUCCCACCAGAAGAUUGAGGACAUCAUGUCUACUAGUGAAGGGCCUAAACAGGAAGGGCAGCCCAAGCUGCCGGGUGGCCAUCCUAUGAUAUCCUCAGGCCAGGCGGCGACCUCCAAAUGCCCUUUCCUGGCUGCUGAGAUGGGCCAAAAGAACAGCAGUGUGGUCCGCCAGGUCAGCAUGGAGUUCCAAGAGGAUGUUCAGGAAGUCCGCACAGUCAAGAAAGUGUCCCCUGCCCAGCUGAAGCCGUCCCUGGCCAGCACCAUUAAGGGAAGCGGAGAGGAGAAAGCUAAUCUAAUGAAGGACCUCCUGAAACAGAGACCUAAAAGUGUCUCCCACUUGCUGCAGGACAACAUGCCAGGCAGUUUGUCCCGCUACCAAUACGAUGAGUUUUUCGAGAGGAAGAUCGAAGAGAAGAAGAGUGACCACACAUAUCGUGUGUUCAAGACUGUGAAUCGUCUGGCCAACGAGUUCCCGAUGGCCGACGACUUCACUAGCUCUUUGGAUGAAAAGAGGGAUGUGUCCGUUUGGUGCAGCAACGACUACCUGGGCAUGAGUCGCCACCCACGGGUCGUGCAGUCCAUUAUGGAAACUUUGCAAAAGCAUGGGUCCGGGGCGGGAGGCACCAGGAACAUCUCUGGGACCAGUAAGUUCCACGUGGAACUUGAACAAGAACUGGCUGACCUUCACAAGAAGAACGCUGCACUGCUCUUCACCUCCUGCUUUGUCGCAAAUGACUCCACCCUCUUCACCCUCGCCAAGUUGCUACCUGGUUGUGAGAUCUACUCUGAUGCGGGCAACCACGCCUCAAUGAUCAUGGGUAUCCGGAACAGUGGCGCUAAGAAGUUUGUUUUCCGCCACAACGACGUCGCCCAUCUCCGAGAGGUCCUUCAGGAGGGAGACCCCACAAAGCCCAAGAUCGUGGCCUUUGAGACCGUCCAUUCCAUGGAUGGUGCCGUGUGUCCGCUGGAGGAGAUGUGCGACUUGGCCCACGAGUUUGGUGCCAUCACCUUCGUAGACGAGGUUCACGCUGUGGGCCUGUACGGCGCCAGAGGAGGGGGCAUCGGAGACAGGGACGGGGUCAUGCACAAGAUCGAUAUCGUCUCGGGGACAUUAGGCAAGGCUUUUGGCUGUGUGGGCGGCUACAUCGCGAGCACCACUGCACUGGUGGACACGGUGCGUUCCUACGCGGCGGGUUUCAUCUUCACCACCUCUCUGCCGCCAAUGCUGCUGCACGGAGCCAGGAACUCCAUCCAGGUCCUUAAAGGGGAGGAGGGCCGCACUCUGAGACGCAAACACCAGCGCAACGUCAAGCUGCUCAGACAAAUGCUGAUGGACUCCGGGCUGCCGGUGGUGCACUGCCCCAGCCACAUCAUCCCAGUCCGGGUAUCCGACGCUGAGAAAAACACGGAGGUGUGUGACAUCAUGAUGAGUCGCCACAACAUCUACGUCCAGGCCAUCAACUAUCCCACCGUUGCCAGGGGACAAGAGCUCCUGCGUAUCGCCCCAACGCCUCACCACACCCCCGAGAUGAUGAAAUACUUUGUUGAGAAGCUGGUGCACACAUGGAAGGAGGUGGGCCUGGACCUGAAGCCCCACUCAUCAGCAGAGUGCACCUUCUGCCAGCAGCCGCUGCACUUUGAGGUGAUGAGCGAUCGUGAAAAGUCUUACUUCACCGGCCUCAGCCACCUAAUCUCAGCCUGCGCAUAACACUACUCUCUACCACCGGCUGGAGAUGGCACAUACUACUCAUACUCAACACCCAUUCCUCCUAUCACUGUCAUAGAGUGUAUUAUCUUUGAUAAGUCCUCUUACACAUAUUGCUUAAUAUAUUCUAUGGUCAGAUGUUCUAUAUGCUCCGAAUAAAAUGCAAGAUGGAAAGAAAGUGUGUGUUUGUGUGGCAUUUUUUUUUCUUUUGAUUUAUACUUGAAUGGAGAAGAAGAUGCACUUCCAUACAUAUAAAACUUUGGACUAUAUUUUAUUCAGCACUUCUGAUUCUUUGUGUGUGCAACAGUUGUCCUACAGGACGGGUAAAUAUAAUGUGUGUUCAGAUUGUCGUACUGCUGACGACUAUAAUAACUACACAAUCUCAAAUGGGUUAAUGAUGAGCAGAUUGUGUUCAUUGGAUAAAGUGGGUGAACUGACACCUGAAGUAACAUUUGGUCACCUGCUUCUGCCGCUCAGAGAAACUGGGUCACAACAAUUGGUCUGGCUCAGCAAAUCAUUUUGACAAGUUUAUUUCUAUAGCACUUCAAAGCAACAAGGGUAUUGAAAGUGCUUAACCUGAAACAUAAGAAACAUGGCGACAAUUUGUAAAAGUAACCCAGCACAAAAGGACAUUCAAAUACAAUUUAAAACAAACUCGAAAGAACCAACAGAUUAAAACAAGCUAUAAUAGAGUAAGACCAGAAUGAACGUUACAUUAC